ACGUCGAUGCGAGACAGCAAGCAAGAAAGCGGUUCUAGGUAUUACCAGACGGUAAGCUAAUCUGUAGUAGAGUCGAGCUAAACAUAAAUUUCUGGUCCUUUCAAUGUUCAAGUUGAACGCGUUCAGAAUGAAGCUUGCAAUUUUGUUGCUGCUCUCCUUCACGGUGUCAACAUUGGCAAGACCCCAGAAUGAUGAUUCGGAUAAUAUGAACAAUAAUGAAUCGAAUCCGAGUGAGCCAACAAAAAACUCGGGAGAGUCAGGAAACUCAAACGGAGAUGGGCUAGAACUUCAACAGUUGGUGGACGAACUUUUUCUCGAAUUGAAGCCCAUUCUUGGAGAAGAGACAGUUCAACUCUUGAGAACCCUUCUUGCGCCAGUGCUCAAACUCCCUCUAAAUCUAGUUGAGGAUACUUUAAUCGGAGUAGUCAAGGGCCCACAAGAUAUCACCAAACUGUUGAUAGACCCAACGAUCAGCGCAAUUUUGUCUGCACUAACAUCUCUGUUUGCUACACCUGUCAAUCUACUUAAAUUUAUAGGAAGUCUAUUAAGUCAACUAUUGGGUUUCUUAUGAUUUGAAUUUGUCUAUUAUUUCGGUGGCUGGAAAAUUCAUUUGCAUCCGGAAUAACACAUAAGUAAUUAAUACAGAAGGAGCAAUUAUGUGUGACAAAUUGUAUCGAAGUAAUAAAAUUUAAUAAACAACAACGAAUUUGCGAAUAAGUCAUUUCACGCUAAAUCAAUCACUGUCUAUGCGCAACAUUUAUAUUUAACUGAAAUACGUCGAAAGAUGUAAAGAUCUUAUUACAAGUUAGCAGCCAUUAGCUCGCUAUUACACGCGACGAAGGAUCGUUUGAAGAACCUUUCAUCGCAAAUAAUACCGAUUAGCAGGUCUCACCACGUGGAGGGAGGUUGCUGCGAGUGGAAACCCGCGAGUGAGAUGGAAGGAAACAAUGUUCCCUCGAUCUCCCUCUGUACGUCAAUAUUACAGAAAAAUCAUACUUUCGAUCAUUUUUUAAACAAAUAUUACUAAUAAAUAAUUUAACUAUCGUCAAAAAUGAAUAUUUAGUUGACCCAAUCAAUAGAUAUUAAAAUAUUGACAAAUUUCUCAGAAUGACGUGUGCGCAACUCACUGAAAUCGCAUUACUAACAUUGUGAAGCAAAUCGAAGGAGAAAGUAACGCCAUGUCGUAAGACUGUACGUCGAGUUUAUAACAGAGCACGACGAAAUGAGUUAGUCGCCGAGUAACUGCGAGCCAUCGAACACCUUUGUCGUUGAAUUUCCGUUUCUAUUUUAUUAGUUUUCCUCUCGUUUUUGACAGAAGGUGCAGAUAUAACAGGCGCACGAAGUAACAGCAAUGCGAAGGACGUUUGGAAUAAAAAGUAUUUUGAGGAUAGGUGUUAUAGUUAUCGUAUGUCGUUUCGAUCCAUCGAUCGGUUUACCCACGGAACAACCAACGAGAUUUACACUAAACACCGGCGACGGCGACGUGAGUUCGACUACCGCCACUACGUUGACCACGUCGAGAUUGGACCAAGGACGAGAGUUGUUAGGCCGCGUCGCGGACGCGAUAAGAAUCGUCACAGGAAGAUUGGUCAAUUCUGUCACACUGGCCAGAAACAUCAUAAUCGAUCGGGCGGAGACGCUGGUCAGCGAUUCACAGAACAAUGUAGAUACCGUGAUCGCGGAGAAGACAGAAGAUCCGAAUAAAACCCAGAGGUCCUUGGAAACUAUCCAGAACAUGCCAGUGACGAAUACUCGGACAGACACGCGUGAAAUUGUACGAUUGGAGACGGAGAGGGCUCAAGGCUUUCUCGAAAGGCCAGUUUACAAGCCUAUAACGGGAAUUUUAGAGAGUUUAUUCAGACCUACGCCGCUCGUCGAUGGUAUCAAGGAGCAGGAAAAGUAUGGAAACUCUGGGGACAAGUUCAUCGGAAUUGGUAGAGCCCUCGUCAACAGUUUCGAAGGUUUCAGCAACUUUCUCAACGCUGUGGUUGACUUGCCACGCAACGCUGCUAAAACGACGUCCCGUGGAAUAACGGAAGCGCUGAAUCAUGUGGGAGCUCGUCUCAUCGGACUCGAAUGACAAUCAUGUUAAUACGCUGAUAUAAGAAAUUUUUUUGUUUGCACCUUGUUUGAU